GUAGCCAAUCGCCAAGCUAUCCAUUUUAGUCGCUAUUUGAAGCCGUCAAAUCGCCACGCUUGGCAACCCUGCUGCGAAUAUUUGGGAUAUCUCCAAUUGACAGUUGUCAAAAUUUGCGUGAUUUGACAUUUGACAGAAACCUUUAAAAUCCCUCAUAAAUAUAUUCUGAAUUUAUUCUAAUAUCCCAAAUUCUAAGUUAAAUGUAGGUUCUCUUCAAGAAGUAAGCUGGGUAAUUACAUGAUUCGUACAGUUCUUAGAUUAACGCUAUCAUUUUAUAGAAACUGAGAAGUUGUCAACAGAUUCUUUUUAAGUUAUAUAUGGAUAUGAAGAGCUCAUAACUUGUAAGGUUUCUGUAUCCAAAAUGAUGGUUAAAAAGGUAAUACCGCUGUAUAUAACAGACAGCCUUGCUGCUCUGGACGCUUUGGCGACAAAAGACAAUGUUUUCAAAUAUCUCAACAAGUCUCAUAAGCUUAAAAAUUUAGCUUCCAAGAUGAAAGCGGAACUGUUGCUGUGUCGAGAGGACCAAGAGAAAUGUUACAUUUUAGCUAAGCGCUAUGUUUUGCUGAUGGAUCACCUAUUUAAAGUAUCUGACGAUCCGAAAUAUAUUCGCACUUUGUUUCUCAAUGACUAUAACACUGUAAAGACACUCUUGAAUAACCUCAGGAGUGAACUAGAGGAAAGGUAUGAGGUCUUGACAACUUCGCUUCAAGAAAAACUUUCUAUCAGCUCGAGAGCUCCGCAUAGCAGCAAUACGCUUUCAGACCAGUCUUCGAUUGUUCUGGAUAGCGACUAUAUUCAACCGACUGGCGAACCUGACCCAUUUAUAGACUUUGAACCGACAGAAGAUGAUAUGACCUCAGAUAUCCAGGAACCAAGAGGCGCUCCACUAGUGCAAAAGCCUGGAAGCGGAUUGUUCCUUACACCUGAGGAGUUUUACAAACGCCUUGACGACAUGAACGUGUUAAUUGUAGACGUUCGACAAACUAACGAAUACGAUCAAACUAGAAUCAAGAAAAAGGCAGGAGGAAUGAUUAAUAUUCCACCCGAACUCAUUCAACCAGGCCUUUCCGCAAAUACGCUAGGGCUUAAAUUGCCACCAGUGACCCGUGUAAUCUGGGAUAACCGAGAUAGCUUCGACUGCAUUGUCAUUUUGGAUUAUGACACAACAAAGUUUACCUAUGGAUUGUCGAAAUUACACUGCCUACGCAUAUUCAUAACUGAGUGGGACUUCAACAGAAGCUACCGGGAGCUCCCAUUUAUCCUAGAUGGCGGUUUAAAAGAGUUCGUUCAAUGUUAUCCUUCAGAAGUAGAGAAUUCUGGUUGUUUGUUCGCUAAGCAAAACUCGGAGAUCGACGAUUUGUUGGAUAUAGACUCAGUGGAAUAUCCUGGUGCAGCCUCAGGAGGAGGUCAUAGAAACCUCAUGGUUGAUUCGGCAUAUUCUAUGGGCAACAUAGCAAAACGUGUAGACAGGGACUUCCCCGCAGAAGAUGAAGACGAUGAAGUAGCGCUUAAAUUGCGUAAUAUACGUUCAGAAGGGGCAUUGCCGAAAAAUUCGUACUUUGCCAAGGAGCCAGGUGUAUCUAGUGGGCCUUAUACCAGCAUUUCCGAGCAUCGAAUUCCAAUGGAAUACAACAAAGGAAACAUUAACCCUGCAGCUUCGACGGACUUCAUGAAGCCGCAAGAUAUGUCGGUUGAGGAACGCGAGGCAAUCCGAAAGCUCAUGGAAGGUGACAGAGAAUUGCUGUUGCUAAAAGCCCGCGCAUCAAAACCAACUUAUCUCCCACAGCAAUGGAAUGAGGGUAACCAAGACUACUCAAGGUCACCUGAAAGACGGAGAGAUAAUUCUCCAGAGCCGAUGGACAAUGCUGUGCCAACCUAUGUCUCUCCACCUCCUUCCUUUGACAGGAGUUUUAAACCUGCUAAAGUCAAAGAAUCAGAAAAAGACGUGAAGGGGCGAGGCUUCACGGGAAUCCGAAAUUACAAGAAUUGCUGUUUUAUGAGCGCGAUUUUACAAUGUAUGAAAACCUUGCCGUUCAUAAAAGAGUACUUUGUGGAUACAAACAGGCACUUAACCCUGAAUCGAAGAGUACCUCCGGUAUUCAAUAUAUUGAUGGGCGAGGUGUUUGAUAAGCUGUGGGAGGGUACUGAGGAUGAUCCAAAAAUCUACUAUCCCCAAUUUAUAAGGGAUAAACUCAGCCGCGUGAACCCAAUGUAUGAAAAAGGGUGGCAUGAAGAUGCGUUCGAGUUCUUCACAUUUUUCUUCGGCCAACUCAGCGAGGAUUGCAUGGUCGAAAUGCCCAGACCGGAGGUUAUGACGGAUAGUGAACAAGCUUGGUAUAGCGCUCUACAAGGGCGAUCGAGCUUUUUGGUGGAUAGAACGUACUAUCAACUUAGGGAUGAGAAAAUUUGCACUCAUUGCAAAAAGAAGAUUUGUUCAUUCGAAACAGAGGGUAUCCUAAAUCUUGCCAUGCGGCAGAACUUAGAACCCUGUGAAUUAGAAGAUUUGAUCAAGUAUUAUCUGGCCGAAACCACUGAAAAAGACUAUCAGUGCGAGAUAUGCAAGAACAUUGGUGCAGUCGUGAACAAGAGAUCUGUCGUCGUAGACCCAGAGACGUUGAUUAUAUGUCUGAAAAGAAUCCUAAUUUCUAAAGAUGAAGUAAUGAAGCAUCCUGGCCUUGUCAGUUUUCCGGACAAGCUACAAUUUGGAAGCUCGGUGUAUAAACUCUACGCUGUAGUCCAGCAUAGCGGAACUCUAUCUCAAGGCCAUUACAUUGCCACUGUUUUACUUGACGAUAUAAGAGACGACUGGAUCGAGUUCAAUGAUGACGUUAUGACUCGCAUCAGUACUAGGCCGUUGAAAGACGCUCCUGGAAUAAGAUCGAGUGUAGCUGGGUUCUUCUACGUUCGUCAAGAUGCUGCAGAACCUAAUGUGGUAUAGUCUGAUAAAGAAAUGUGAUACUAGAAUUACUAAACAACAUAUAUACAACAUUCCUGGAUAAGACGCAGUAUUUUUCUAGUAAUUUUAUCAUAUACCACGUUCCUUUGAAGUGCCUAUACACGUAAUUUUUCUAUUUAGGAAAUUUGAAUAUCGAGCUCUAUUGUCUAUUUUCGCGGCGUAAAUGAGGUUAGAGUUUGCUUCUUGUCACAUCAUACAAAUAGCGUUUUCGCGCCAAGCAACUGGAAAGGGCAAAUAUAUUUACAGGAAGUUAUUUAUGCUGCUUCAUAAUACACAGUGGGUAGAUUGAUAUAUUUGUAUUGAAUCUAUCCUCUGACGUUUUUGUAGCUUGUAAAUAUUUUUGUCAGAAUUCUAUAUAAUAGUGGAUAUAGAAUAUCAAUUUUAAGAACAAAAUGAUACCUUAUGCAUGUCAGAUAUGUUUUGACAAGAAGCUUUCUUUAUAUGAUUUAAGAAUUGUUGGGGUACAUCACUUUUGGAAAAUACAUGCAUGUAGUUGUCUUAAAAUGUUCUCAAUAGAUUUUUCGACCAGUCCUAUGAUUUCAAGAUUGUAUUCAUAUUGUCUAAAAACCAAAGGCAUAGUCAUUCUUGACAUAUCUUUCAGAUCUUUCUCAAUGAAGUAGGCAAUUUUUUUAAUCUGAGGUCUCCUUGUUACCUCGCAUAAUCAUCUACUUCAAGGCUCCCUUAUUUCAUUAUUUUCCUUAUCCCAUAUCAAGCUUCAAAGGACAAGGGUGGGUUUUCGACCCUGAAAAUGACUGAAUUAAAAUUGAUUGCAUCUAUGAGAUUUUCGAGUUUUUAGAACAUACAGCAUACUCCAUUUUUUCUUCAAUCUCAAUAACGAAAAGGUAUUUUUUUGUCACUACAUUUAUUUGAAGGCUAACUUCCAAACAGUAAUUUUUGAUGGCAAUAGUUCAAGCAAAUUAGAAACAAUAGAAUAAUAAUAGGAAUUAUGGAAUACAAAGCACUCAAAGAUAGACAAUAAGUUUUAACAAAAUUUAUUCACAGCUAGUACUUUGUCAUCAUAGGAUUUGCAUCAUUUACGACCUGAAGACUUCCUGGCAUAUAAUUUUUGAGCUAAUUCUGAUCUAAUCUGGUCCCAUUUCCGCAGAACAUCUUGUAGCUGUAGUUCCGCAGAAAUUUUAUUUGUUCGGGCCUUCAGGUCCAGCAAGAACCGAAAAUGUUUAAUGGGAUUGAUAUUCGGGAUUGGAGGAUUGUGCAAAAACAAUGUAAAGUAUCUAUUCCUUUGUUUUAGUAACAGUGUGUUGAAACAUAAAUGUUUCCUUGAUCCCCAAUUUUCUCAGCGCUGGUGUGCAUGUUUUGGGGCAAAAGUUGGCAUACUUGUCUGCAUUCAUAAUGCCUUGAUGAAGCUUAGAUAUCCAACACCAUUCCACGUCAUUUAGCCCCAGACUAACUAAAACGCUCCCGUCAUCAAUUUCCACUGUUGGGCUGAUAUGUCUUAUUUUCAAAUUGAGUGUUAGGUUUUCUCCAUGCAUUUUUGCCGCCAUCAGACCUUACAUCUUGAUCUUACUUUAAUCUUUGAGGUUUCGGAGCUUAUGGUCACAAAUAUGUUUGAAGAAAACUUAAAUACUUAAUUUGAAAUGAGGCAUGUCGGUCCAACAGUGCAGCAUGGUGGAACAGCGUUUUAGUCUGGGUCUGUAUGCUGUGGAAUGGUGUUGGAAACCUAAGUUCAUCGAAAGUACUAUGAAUGCAGACAAGUCUAUUAUUUUGCAUAAUAACAGCACUGGAAAAUCGGGAUCAGGGAAACAUUGAUCUUUGAUUCAACAGGAUAAUGAUCUUAAACACAAACAAAGGAAUGGUUACUUCACAAUAUUCCUGCCCAACUUAAAAUCCCCAGAUACUAAUCCCAUUGAACAUUUGUACUACUUGCUGGACCUGAACGCUUGAAAAAGUAAAAUUUCUGUCAAACGACAGCUACAAGAUGUUAUAUGCAGGAAUGGAACCAAAUUGGACCAGAAUAACUCAGAAUUUCCAUGCCAUGAUGGCUUCAGACUAUAAUUGAUGCUAAUGGUAUGAUAAAGUAACUGUACAAAAAUUUUGUAACACUUAUUUACUUGUUUUUUUUGUGUCAAUAUUUUUUUACCUUUGAAAUUCGUAUUUCCUAUUAUUAUUCUUACAUUAGUUUUAAUUUGCCCUUCAAAAAGAAAAAUGUUGAUGAAAGUUAAAAAUACAUAUCUUAUAAGAUGUUUGAAUGCAAACAUUUCAUAGUUGCGACCAACUUAAGUUAUUUCCAGAUCCGAAAAUCCCGCUUUUCCAUCCUGAUCCCUUACAAUCGAUAACCUGUUUGUCAAAAUCAGAAAUUUCGGUUAUCCUAUUGAUUUCUUACCGUAUUGAGUAGGUCCAUACGUUUAUUGUUUCUCGUAUAAAGUAGUAAAAUAAGAAAGCCUUGAAAUUAAGAAAUUAUUGUAUAUAGAUCUAAACAGAAUGCUUAACAACUCUUCUGUCUGUCCCAAAUCUCAAGCCUUAGUGAAGAACACCUACUGAUUCGCCCCCAAAAUGUAUUCCCGAGAUACACAGACAAACUCUUAUUGUAUUAUAACCCCAAGGUCUUUAAGACUGGUUCAAUUGGUGCUCUGCAAAAAUUUCAUUUCAGUUCAAGCCAGCCUUUUUCCUGUGCCACAACAUUCAUGUUUAUUUUUUAUGUUACUUAUCGUUGUUGUUGCAACGUUCAUGUUUAUUUUUUGUUACUUAUCGUUGUUGUUGCAACAUUCAUGUUUAUUUUUUAUGUUACUUAUCGUUGUUGUUGCAACAUUCAUGUUUAUUUUUUAUGUUACUUAUCGUUGUUGUUGAGUCAUAUUUUAUACUAGGCUCUCCUGCACUAUUUGAAAAAGACAGAAGGCUUAGCAACAAUGGAUAUUUUUCAACCUUACCGUAUCCGUCGUUAAUGUUGCUCAAAAUUCCAAUACAAAAUCCAUAGACAAAUUUUUUUCAUAUCACCAGGUUCUUUGGUCUGGAACAAGAGAAUCAUGAGAUCCUUCGCAUUAAAUGAUAUAUUCCAACUCUACCAUAGCCUUUGUUAUUUCAAACAGUUUUUUAUCACGCAAAAAACAUAGUUGCAUAUCAUUUACUAGCAGAUACUCCAUAUCCCUUUCAGCCCUGAAUUUUUGAAAUUAAAAAAAAAAAAAAUUUUUUGCUGUAAUUAUUGCCUAGUAACAUCUUGUCAACCUUACCAACAAGUUAGAAGUGUUUUCCACCACAGGUAAACCGCCUAGGAAGUCGUGGCAAAUGCCACCAUCAGGUGUCGUUGACAAAAAGAACACAAAUCAUAAAUUUAUUAUUUCUAUUUUAUGUCAAACAUUAUUUGUUGUGAAAAAUUUUAAAACAGUUUCUAAACUUGGAAAGGCAAAGAGGAACUCGACAUUUUUCACAUAAAAUUCGGGAUCGCCCCCCACAAGUUUCCAGCUUGCACCGUUGUUCGUGACCCUUUAUAUGUAUAGGCCAAUGGCAAAUAUGGUCAUACCUAACAUCUUCAACUGGAACAACAUGCUGCGAUUUGUGCUGUUUGAUUGGUACAGGAGAGUUUCGGAGACUACUGCUGUUGCUGGUGGAUGGUCUACCCCGUUUUGGUGCCGCUAUCGAAUAACCAGAAAAUGCCAAACCCUUAGCUAUGGACAAAGUGAACUGCAAGAGGUCCAUUCUUGAUUUUUUCAUCACACCUCUGUGGUCCAUCUCUUCCUGGUAUUCAAGCCAUGAAUUACAGACUGCUAAAUUGAAGUAAUGAAAAAUGAUUCGUAACGUCCAUUUUCUUGACCUUAUAAAUGUGCGGUAUAGAGCAAUAAGGAAGUCAUUUUUAUCCACACCGCCCAUGGAGAAGUUAUACAUACGUAUAAUUGCUGGACGUUUUACCAUUGUGUAAGCUUUUUGCUUCUUAUCCCACCUCUUCACUUCAUCUUCUGGUUCAAUACCUACAAAAUUUGAAGCCAAAUUGACCAUUUUGUUAUCGUACCAACGCACUAUUAUAAUUUUAUUAUCAAGUGAAACCGACGAGUCACAAUUUCCACGCCCUAACUUUUUGAGUUGAUUUUCGGAUUUGAGUGGACAUUUUUCCAUUCUGUUUGCACGAAUAGUUCCGGCAACAAAAAUGCCUUUUUCUAAUAAUUCUUCUAGGAGCAACAACGAUGUGAAAUAAUUGUCACAAAACAGCUUGUGUCCUUUGUGUUCAGGAAUUCUGUUGGAGAGGUGUAUAACAAGUGCAUUAGCAGCUGAAUAUGCAUCUUGCAAAUCAACAGGAAGUGUAGUAGAGCCCUGAUAUAUGAUAGAGCGGUAUAUAAUGCCAGAAGCACCACAUAACAUAAAAACUUUCACCCCCCAUGGAUUGGGUUUUCCCUUCAUAUGUUGUUUUAUAGACAGUUGGCCUUUGAAUGGUAUUAUAGACUCGUCUAUACAUACAUUUUGUUCUAUCUCCAACUCUUCGCAUCUCCUUUGAAAUGAGCUGACAAUUGGACGCACUUUCCAAAGUCUAUCAUUAGGAUUUUGCUUGUUGAUGUCAACAAUGUGCAAAUUGUUUCUAAGCGAUUCGAAUCUAUUUCUUGACAUCCCAAUUUCAUCAAAAAACUGUAUUCUUGUAGCCGGUGUCCAAUACAUCCUCAACCUUGGAAAUCGAAUAAUACCCAUCAUAAUAUGCAGAGCUACAAGUUUUCUUAUUUCCUGAACAUUUGCAUUUAUGUUUUUCCCGUGUUUCUGUAACGAAUACAUGUUUGUUUUUUCUGUUAGUUCCGAAAAUAUAUCAUCUUGAAAAUACUUCGAGAAAUAUUCCAAUGGGCUAUUGCUAAUGUCGGGUUGAGGGGGUAAGGGAGUGGGAGGUGAAAACUGAAUAUCUGGUGGAUGAAACUCUGCCUUUGUCCAUGUUAUUUUUGUUUUGGCAUGCUUUCCUUUUUUUGACAUGAGCCUCUGUUUCAUAAUAGACAACGGAAUAUUGUCCUCCUCGCCUUCUGAAUCUUGAUCUGAACCUGGUUGUACUUCAAAUUCUUCAUCUUCUUCAUCCUCAUUGUUUCGAUCCUCCAUAUUCCCAACUUCAUUAUCGAAAUCCUCUUCGAUAUCUGAAUCAGGUAGCCCUGACAAAGCAGCUUGAGCAUUUCUUAGUGUCACUUUUUUUGCAACAGUUUUUAUCCCCCCAUAAAAAAUCAUGGGAGGUAUACCAUCAUCGUCUGAAAAAAAAAUAAACAAAAACAUAAAAAAUGUCGCGAAUACCUAAUGGUGGCAUUUGCGUACGCAAAUUUUAAAUAUCAGUUUCAAGUUCUUUUUUGCGUAUAGGAACCAGUUUUUGGUACAUAUAUCAACAAUCUACACAAAUAAAGUAUGUCUGAUGUAAAAAAGGAAUUAUAAACACGUAUUUCACUAAAUAUUUAAACUUAGCGAACACGUUUUUGAGGAAAUCCAUGCUUGCACAAUAAUCAAUAAUCGUCAAUACAAACAAAUGAAAUACCACGUGUAAGCAAUUUUUGCUCGAAACUCGUUUAUAAUAGUGCAUUGAGGCGACAUCUAACAGUAAAACUGUCAAACGCUGCUUGCAGCCGAGUGCAAAUACCUGUAAAUUUAGCAGUGGCAAUUGCCACCAGCAGGGCCGAAAGGGAUAUACAUCAUUUUUGCAGCAACCAGAAGAGAGCUAGGUAUAUAAUAUGCCGUCAGAUUGCUUUAAAGGCCGUUUUCAUAAUUUAAGUUUUAUUUAUUUUAAUAUAGAUUCAUUGUGUAUACAGAGAACUUAGCACAAGCUUCUUAAUAUAGUGGAUCCAAAUGAACUUUACAGGAUUUCAUAAAAUGUGUUCAGUUUGACAGAUUGAUGUGGAACGCAAAAAAUAAUGCAAAAGGUGUAUGUACUGUUACAUGUUUUUUUUUCAAUGUGGGUCCAAUAAAUUCAUCACAUAUUCUAGAAACACCCUUUUGAGACAGUUGCAUGAUUUUGUCUAUCUGAAUACAAGAAAGGCUAAAGUACCCUCGCGACAUUCCACUGAAAAGCUUGUGCAUUGUCCAGAACAGCAAGAACAACUUAGUAGCUUUUGUAACUUAAAAGAAUAUAUUUUUAUAAAAAUGUUUCAAACCUGUUGGGAUACUCUGUGGCAUAAAUUAUUUUUAUAUUUGUUUUGAUUGACAAAUACCAAUAGCAAAACAUAAAAAAAUUCUAGUCUCUGCAUGAAUAUAUGUAAUCUAUAUGAGGCGUCUCACUGCAAAAGGGCCUAUAUCCCCUUCCACUAAUUUUCCACAAUUGGCGAAAAACUGUUCUAAGUUAAAAGUUGUAACGGCUAUAAUUUUGUUUUGAACCGUUCCUAUUGGGUUAUAAAACAAAUACAAGCAACAAAAAUAAUCGUGGAGUGAGUAAAGCGGAUGUAAUUUGGCUAUAGAGUUUGGAUAUAGAACCAUUUGCCGUAACAAAAUGGAUAAACGAACUUUUGCUCCAGCUGUAUAAGGAUAUAGGCUGUUUUGACGCAAUAAUACACUUAUGGACAAUUCUACCGCCGCGCUAUAAACUUAUUCCUGGAAUAAUCCCCAUAAUAUAUAUUGUUGAGACAAUUUUCAACUUAGAAUUUAUUUUAGGAAUGAGCUUAUUACAUGGUGGUAGAUCCGGCACAUAGAUGGAAUAAACAGGCAAACAUUUAUUUCCCUUAAAAAAAAAUACAUAUGUCUACAAGAAAUCAAAACUAAGAUUCUUUAAGAUCAACUCAAUGCAUUUUGAGAAAAUAUAAUAAGUAUUACACCCGCUCAACGAGAUGUUCAUGUUGAUGUCCUUCACAGAACUCAUUAACUUCUUCUUCGAGAUAUUCAUCAGUUUCGUUUGUUGCUGCUGUAUCGCUAGCUGUCACAUCGGCCGUGAUUCCCAACACAUUUUUGUAGAAGGAGCAUUCUUCCAUGGUGUCCCAGGUCUCGCCGAAGUGCUUUUUCAAAAGGUUUUUAAUAUCUUGGACCUCAGCUGCUUUCAAUGCAACUCCCAUUGGUAUAUCAUCAGGCAAUGGGAUUGAUUUUAUUUUGACACCAUUUUUAACAACCAAUUUGCCAUUAGUUAAAUCACUGCUGUAAGAUACUUCAACCCUAACCAAUAUAUUUUGUUGUUUGGAUCUAGUGAGGAUGAAGCUCUUUGCUUCGUUAAACUUAAAGUGCCACGAUGUAGUUUUUUUAUAGUAAGUGCCAAGCUUAAAAAGUGUGGAAUGCUCUGAAAAAACUGUUUCAUAUUCUGAUGGUUGUAUUAUUACUGGUAACUUACGCAGUUUUUUCUCUAUGGAAGCAAACACACGAUCUGCUGGCAAAAACGAGUGUCCAGUGAUAGGGAAAAUCAUGUGUAUUUCCUGAAUGUUUGGAGGUGCGACUCGUGCUAAGAAGUAGCUCAGCAUUCCAAUCAUAACUGAGUUGCGGUUUUGCCCACCGCAUCCAUCGGCGCAUAAUCUAAUGACUGAGUAAGAUGUCAAGUCAAGGAGUGACAAUUGAUGGAAAACCGCUGAGGCAAUUUCAUUAGCACCCUUUCUAUGUUCAUGUUCCAUCCAUGUAUAACAAUAUACAUUUUCCGGAGUUAAAGAUUCUUUUGAGCUUCCUUUUACGAUUGAGAAAUUGUAUAUAUAUAUACAUUUGCCUGCUAUAGUAGGCGGCCUGAUCCUGAACCUUAGGUAGAAACAGAUUCUUCUGGCAGUCAAAACUCAGUGUUAAGAGAUCUUCUCUUUUUUCUUGAAGUUUUCUGAAAAACACUUUGUAUCGCAUUCUGUGAAAUGUAAGUUCACUCAUUAUUUUACUUUUAUUCUGCGGACUGGCCUCAUUUUUUAUUUUAGAUUUUAGUUCGAAACACAGAGAGCAGGCAUCGGUGAUAGGCGUUUCAAACCCAAUGUUGUACUGCGUGGUAAAAAUUUUUUGGAAAAACGUUAUCUUCGAUUUCAGUGAUUCAUCCCUCUGUUCAUUGUUGUACAUGCGACAUAAUUUGUUUAUACUUAAGUUUCCUGGCAAGUAUCGUCGAUGCACGGACUUACCUCGAGAAUAGUGGCUUUCACAACAUUUUAAUUUUUCUAUGAAUGUUUUAAUAGCGGCCUUUUUCUUGUCAUAAAGAGGAUUUGGCCUCGCCCCACCUCUCUUGUCAACCGGCAUUCUUCCCGUGUUCAGAAAUUUCCUAGCUAAAUUCUGAAUUCUCUUACGUGAUACUUGAAGGACGUUGACGAACACGUAUACAAAACUUUUCUGUACCGGACACUCUAAUGUAGUAAUUUGUACUAACCUUCUUCGUAGAGGUAAGUUUCUUUUUUGGACGUGGUCUUUUUGCACUUGUUACCUUCACAUGUUUAAUGAUAAACGCAUCUUGGGAGCUCUUUGCGCGCGUAGAGUAAAAAUUCUCAUGGAAUUCUUUGAUGUCUCUCAUUGUUAACUUUCUGCACUUGAAGGACUUGUUAAGGUGGCCACAACAAAGAUAUUCUGGUGGUCCUGGAGGAUCAUAUCUACAAAAAAUUAACUUGAUAGCUCGCAAUAGAAAGUAUGCAAUAUUGUUAGGCGUGGUCUGGAGACCAAAAGGCCUACCGGGUAUCAAGGCAAUGGCACUCGACAUUAAAUAGUGAAAACGAAAAAAAAAUUAAAUAUACAACUUUUUUACUUGCUGAUUCGCUAUAUCUGUCAUGAUAAGGAUAAGGUACCUACCUUUUAGAUUUUGCAACGUUCCUUUUCCAUUUAAUAGGAUCUCCAGUACUCCGCCUAGCUUUUCCCGGAUCCGAUGGGGUACUACUCUCGUUCAUAGUCAACAAACUAAAGAAGUUUUAUUACAAUCCUAUACUUUACAAUACAAACAACAAUCUCCUUUCGAUGCUAAACUCUAAUAAACGUAAAACCCACGGCCUUGAUGAAACUCGAAGCCGCAUGACAGAAUUCUAGUGGUUUGAUUGGCUUGUUGGAUAUAGGCCUGUUUGACGCGUUGAUGAUCGUAAAUAUAGAACCUUUUGCCGCGACACCCUAUAUUUCAUCGUAGUUUUAUAUGGGAUAAAGACACCUUUGACAUAUGAAUACUUGACCAGUUGAUGCGGCUAUCGAUACAGAUAUCAUAACCGCCUUUUACUCACUUUUUACCAAAAAUGGAUAUAGGCCCUUUUGCUGCGACACGCCUCAUAUAUUGUUUUGCUUAGGUAUUUGUUAUUACUAUAGUUGUAC